GGAGCACGAGCCCGAAAGCUACCAAGAGAGGGAGCGAGCGGUGCGGCGCGGCGCGGCGCGCGCAGCCCAUGAGGCGGUGAGAGGCCUGGGGCCUGCCUCGGAGCAGCGCGCGCGGCGCCGGCCAGCAGCGGGCCGCCCUCCGUGGGGCCCGGGCCCGGGCGCGGCGGCCGCCCGUGGAGAAGCGGUCCGGGGCGGAGGAAGCUGUGCGUCCGGGCCCCCCGCCAUGGAGGGCAUGGACGUGGACCUGGAUCCCGAGCUCAUGCAGAAGUUCAGCUGCCUGGGCACCACAGAUAAGGACGUGCUCAUCUCGGAGUUCCAGCGGCUACUCGGCUUCCAGCUCAACCCGGCCGGCUGCGCCUUCUUCCUGGACAUGACCAACUGGAACUUACAAGCAGCAAUUGGCGCCUAUUAUGACUUUGAGAGCCCAAAUAUCAGUGUGCCCUCCAUGUCCUUUGUGGAAGACGUCACCAUAGGAGAAGGGGAGUCUAUACCUCCUGACACUCAGUUUAUAAAAACAUGGCGGAUCCAGAAUUCCGGGGCUGAGGCCUGGCCUCCAGGUGUGUGUCUUAAGUAUGUCGGGGGCGACCAGUUUGGACAUGUGAACAUGGUGAUGGUGAGAUCGCUUGAGCCCCAAGAGGUCGCAGAUGUCAGCGUGCAGAUGUGCAGCCCCAGCAGAGCAGGGAUGUAUCAGGGACAGUGGCGGAUGUGCACUGCUACGGGACUCUACUAUGGAGAUGUCAUCUGGGUGAUUCUCAGUGUGGAGGUGGGUGGACUUUUAGGAGUAACGCAGCAGCUGUCAUCUUUUGAAACGGAAUUCAACACACAGCCACAUCGCAAGGUAGAAGGAAACUUCAACCCGUUUGCCUCUCCCCAAAAGAACCGACAAUCAGAUGAAAACAACUUAAAAGACCCUGGGGGUUCCGGGUUCGACUCGAUCAGCAAAAAUACAUGGGCUCCUGCUCCUGACCAAACCGAGCAAGAUCAGGAUAGACUGUCACAGAACUCUGUAAAUCUGUCCCCCAGCAGCCACGCAAACAACUUAUCAGUAGUGACUUACAGUAAGGGGCUCCAUGGGCCUUACCCCUUCGGCCAGUCUUAGACGGUGUCAGCAAGAAGGAAAAUUAACAAAAGACAGAAGGCCUGACUUUGGGGGGAGAGGGCGAGGGGUUCCUCUGGAUUGCAGAGCACAUCUCGCGGACGGACCCCUGGCUCAGACCCCCACCCACCCCCCAAUCACGGAAGAAGAGGAAGAAAGAGACUAGUUUUGAGUGAACUCAGUAUGCAUGUGUGAGUGCUGAACUGCAGGCGUGGUGUUGAGGCGACCGAGAAGAUCCACGCAGCCACCUUGGGUCUGGGUGAUGACUUCAGUCUAAUGAGUUAUUAGGUCACUCGGGAAGGGGAAGAAAUUUAAAUGGGGGAAAAUAAGCCAUCUUUUUAAACAAAAAUUAUUUUACCUACAGAGAGGUUGCAGUUUUGAGCACAUGUUAGAUUCCCUCUUCCCGAUGUUCAUCUUCUUGUAAGGCAUGGCACGCUCUACAGAACAGUGCUUGCUCUGGAAGCCGGCACAUGAGGCUGGCAUGGCACGUUUGCAGACUCUGCCAGUCGGCAACGCGUGCCGCACUGCCAUGACGGCAGGGUCUGACCCCGUUUGUUCUUAGUGGCGCCUGCCAAUGAGAUUCCUCCUUCCUCCUCUUUUUCUCUCCAACCUCCUGUUGAUUUACACCUUUGACAUUUGUGUCUGUCAACCUUGGGGCUUCUUAGCUAGCAUCAGAUCCUCUCUGCGGUAAGGACUUCCCUGUGUGGCCAGCAGAAGCCUGGAGGACAUUCCCAGAGGCAUUCUUUUUCACACGCUUGUACCAGUGGGCCCGCUUCCUGUUUCUCUUGGCAAAGGGCGUGCGGCCACAAAUACUGACCCUUGGUGCAGUGGCCUUUGUCCCAUUGGCUCUUACUGGGUGUGCACAUGCGCUCCAUGCACAGGGUUGUACCUCAUCCGCAAGUGUGAACUGUCCCCUGCUUCUCUUGUCACACAGCUCCCCUCCCUGUCUCCCCCCACACGUCCUGUGGCAUUACCGCAGCCUGUCAGUAGAGCCCAAGCUAUUAGGCAAUGAUGAUGCAGCCCCAGGUGGACGCCCCGCUCCUGACCGAAGCCCGGGAGGCCACAGUCAGGUGGACGUGAAAAGCCCUCCUUCAGCAGGGGCCGCCCUGUGUGGGCAGCAGGCUGCAGCCCAGCCAGAGCGCAGGCUUUUGCUCCCUGGGCAGGUGCAUGCCCGCUAGUGUCCCCUGGACUCCACGUGGCUUGAAAUGUGGAUAUCUCCACAGGACUCUUAAACCAGGCCAGAACAGCUGUCUGCCAAAGAUACAAGAAUAUGCAAAGUCCCUCCCCUUAGCCCCCUUCCCUGAGUCAGUGGCUUGAGAGCCGGGGAUACAGAUACAGUGUGGUUGUAGGGUCCCCUGUCUGCCUCCAGCCCCCGUGUGCUCCAGGGCUGUGAACAGAGCAGGGAGACCAGGGUGUGAGUGGCUGUAGGAGGUCCUCUAGCCUGGGUGCGGGUGCGGGUCUGGUCUGCCUGUCUGUCUCUGUCUGGAUGUUUGAGUUCCGGAAGUUGUGUGGUGGUGGUUCCUCCUCAUCCUCUUCUGAGACUGUUGAUUUUAAAUACUUGAUUGUGAAAGAAAAGCUUACAUGAAAAUCCCCCUCAGCUUUCCAUGUCCCACAAAAGCAAACCAACAGCAAGCUUUGUUUCAUUGAGGAAGUCCCUGGAGUAGGUGGAGAGGGCCGUGGAGAAGGGCAGCGAAGUUGGCUCUCCAGGUAGAUGGCUCUUCUCGGGGACUCUUACUUCCUCUGCACACAUGGACCCUUGAGCCAAGGGCGGUUCCUACCAGGUGCCCAAGCCACAUGUCUCAGGGGCUUUUGUCUGAGACCUCCUUGGGGCCAGACAACUGAUGCCAGUCUCUGAGGACACUGCCACCCUAGAGCACAUGCAUGCCCAGCCAUUCUCCCUGCUUCUGGCCUUGGAGCAGUGUGCCUCCAGCUGUCCUUGUGGAGCCAGGAGAGGCUUCAGCCCUGCCUCACUGCCUUCCCAUCUGUCCCCACUAGGUACCGGACUUCCUCAGUUUCCCCGAGGGGACCUCCUGGACCCUAUCUUCUUGUACCCCUUCCUGCUUGUAGCAACCUCACUUGACAAGCGCAAUGGCUCAGGUACCCUUGCUUACUUCCCAGAAACAAGCCGUGUCUGUGCGUCCUGGAGAGUUGGCUCCUUCCGAAGGCCAGAGCCGGUGCAGGCCGUGACUGGCUUCCCAGGUGCUGUUCCGCAGCCCCCAGAGCCCCCACAUGCACUGGGCCACCUCUUCGGGACCCUUGUUGGCACCCCCGAGGUGAGGCACACACUGAGUUUCAGAAGGGUUGGGAUGGGUGGAUGCAGGCUGGGAGGAAUCUGUGUGUGGAGUGAGGCGAGUGUGUGUAGGUGUGUGUGCACGUGUGCAUGCCUGUUUCUUUUUGCCAUGGAGACAAUUGAAUUUGGGGCAUUUUUCUACAAAGCUAGCCUCCUCUCCCCCCUGUACGGACUGGCUGUAAUUGCAAGCCAGGCACUUUCGCCAAGAUGGCCGGUGGCCAAGGUGGGAGGCGGGCAUGAGUGGAAAGACCCCCAAAUUUAGCCUGAGCUCCCAGCAGGAAAGAAAGAGUUGUCAGGAUUCGCAGAUGCAGACUAAGGGGCUGUCCCCACCCCUGCCCUGUUAUCCCUUGUUUCCUUGGGUGAAUGUGGGGGCAGCCUGCUGUCCCUCCCACCUGGACAGUGGUGGGUGUCUGGUGGGGCCUCGUGGUGCCUAGGAAAUGAAGAUGAGGUUUUCCUUACCAUGUAAAUGAAUAUUUGUAUGAUUAAAUUAACACACAAAAAAACCUA